GCAAAAAAAUGUUACCUUGCUGUUGCUGCGCUAUUCCUUCUGCUUCCACCUCCAACUCCUCUCUCCCCAUCCUUCCCUCUCUCCUCCAAGCCAAAUCCCUCUCACCUCUUCACCGCCUCCCCUCCAGAAUCCCGGCGACCCAUUCGAGUCCACAAUGCACUGCGCAAGCCACGUCUCCCGUCAAUUCUCGAUAUCUCCCCAAAGUCGCCGACCCGUUCGACGAAACGCCCCACAGCAAAGCCCGCUCCUACGCCAAGCUCAUCAGCUCCCAUUGCCGGUCGCAGCGGUGGAGCGACGUGAUCUCCGUGCUCGCCUCCAUGAUCGCGGACGGUGCCACGCCUGAUAGGUUCCUCCUGCCGAAGAUCCUCAAGGCCUGCUCCGAGCUGCGGGACUGGGGAACUGCCGCAACCGUCCAUGGGUAUGUGAUUACUGCUCCUCUGGAGGUCGACAUAGUCGUCGGAAAUUCUAUUGUUGACAUGUAUUCCAAGUGCGGAGAUAUCACCUCAGCGCGCGCGUUCUUUGAUCGGAUGACCGUAAGGGAUGUCAUCUCGUGGACCGCUCUCGUCAAUGCCUAUGCUGACGCUGGGUUGCUGGAUGUGGCGCAAGCUAUGUUUCAGUCGAUGAGGGAGAAUGGGGUUCGACCGGAUUUGAUAUCGUGGAACGCGUUGAUUUCUGGGUUUGCUCGGAACGGGGAGACCGGCAUGGCCCUUCUCCUCUUGGACGAGUUGCAAGAAAAUGGGCUUCAGCCAGGCACCAAUUCUUGGAAUGGAGUUGUGUCUGGUCUUGUUCAGAAUGGGUGCUUUGAUGAUGCACUGGAAAUUUUCAGACAAAUGUGCUUGCAUUUGAAACCAAAUGCUGUCACGAUAGCAAGCAUUCUUCCUGCUUGCUCGGGCCUGACGGCUUUGAAUCUUGGGCAGGAAUUGCAUUCAUAUGUGAUAAGGAAUGGAAUGAAGAUGAACGUUUUCGUGGGUGGGUCUUUGAUUGAUAUGUAUCUCAAGUGCGGAAAGAGUGGUUUUGCAGAGAGGGUGUUUGCUGAUCUGGAGAAUAGGAAUGUGCCUGUGUGGAAUGCACUGAUUGCAGCAUAUGCUGAUGAGGAUAAGAUGAGUGAGGCCCUGGAUCUUCUUGAUUUGAUGCAGAAAGAUGGAUUUGUGCCUAAUGUGAUCACAUACAAUACAUUUAUUGCUGCUUAUGCAAGAAGGGGCCAAAAAGAUGAGGCCUUUAAGUUUUUGUUUGAAAUUAUUCGGAAGGGUUUGAAGCCCAAUGUUGUUUCUAUGAAUGCACUAACAUCUGGCUUCCAUCAUUCUGGUCUUAAUGAUGAGGCAUUGGAUUUGUUUCGAGAGAUGCAAUUGCCAAAAUCGUUCAGCACAAGAUGUUCUAGCGUUCUGAUUGGCCUGUUGGAUGUGAUAAUCCAACCUAAUGCUGUAACCAUUACUUCUAUUCUCUCAGUCUGCGCAGGCCUUAAGUUACAUCAUUCUGGAAAGGAAGUUCAUGGCUUCAUUUUGAGAAAUAGUUUUGAGUCUAAUGUCUUUGUUUCAAGUGCAUUGGUUGACAUGUAUGCGAAAUGUUGUGACAUGUCUUCUGCUACCAAGGUUUUUCAUGGAAUGAAAGACAAAAAUGUAGUGUCUUGGAAUGUACUCAUGGCAGGUCACAAUUAUAAUGAGCAUCCAGAAGCUGCUUUGAAGCUAUAUUUGGAAAUGUUAGAGCAGAACUUUGUUCCUAGUUCCAUUACGUUGAUGAUCCUACUGUUGUCUUGCAGCAAUAUAAUGGCUCUGAGGUUGGGCAGAGAAUUGCAUAGCCGCAUUGAAAAGGGCAGACCUGAUGGCUGUCCUCUUACUUUAGCAAGCACCCUGAUAAAUAUGUAUGCAAAAUGUGGUAGUAUUAAAGAUGCUAAAUUAGUGUUCGACUGUGUAAUUGAAAAGGACUUGGUAAUAUGGAACGCGAUGAUGGCUGGUUAUUCACUCCACAGAAUGACUACGGAUGCCCUAAGCUUGUUUAAACAAAUGCAGCAAUCUGGUAUCAAGCCGGACCAUAUUACUUUUACUGCAAUCCUUUCGGCAUGCAACCAAGAAGGUUUUGUAGAUGAAGGCUGGAAGCUUUUUAAAAUGAUGGAGGAUAUUUUUGGAGUUUCUCCCACCUUGGAGCACUUUACCUGCAUGGUUGAUAUGUUGGGUACUGCAGGUUUACUGGAGGAGUCUCUGGAUCUCAUCAGAAGAAUUCCAUUCAGACCUGAUGCUUGCCUGUGGGCUACUCUUCUUAAAGCAUGUAGACUACAUUCAAAUUAUGAGAUCGGAGAAAGGGCAGCAAGGGCACUUUUUGAGUUAGAACCUCAAAAUGCUUUGAAUCACAUAGUGCUCUAUAACAUCUUUGCCAUGUCCGGGUUGUGGGAUUCUGCUAGUACCAUGAGGAAUGCGCUGAGGGAUCAGGGGUUAAAGAUGGUUGACAUAUGUAGCUGGAUAGAAAUAGGCAGUGCCAUCCACUCCUUUAAAUCUGGAGAUAGCUCCCAUCCUGAAAUGGAGACAAUUCUGGCCAUGUGGAACAAGUUAGCUGAUGGAAUGUCGAAGGGUGGGUAUGUUCCUCAGAAUAUUGUGUUCUGUGAUCAAGGAGAAGUUGAUCCCUUCACUUGUUACCACACUGAAAAGCUUGCAGUAUGUCUAGGCAUUAUCUUUCUGCGUGCUAACAUCCCUAUACGUGUCUCCAAGAAUGUCCGGAUGUGCAUUGACUGCCACUCAUCAAUUAAAUUUAUAAGCAAAAUCGAGGACCGAGAUAUCUUUAUAACAGAUGGGUGCUUCUAUCACCAUUUUAAAGAUGGAACUUGCAGCUGCGGGGACAAAUGGUGAUUGAACAACACUAGAAACGAACUAGAAUUGGUGUAUUGUUCAUCUAGGUGAUGGUUCACCUAAGAUCUAACAUCCAUAAUAAAUAAUGAGUUAAGGGCUCACUGAUCAUGCAGGAUAUAUGUGGUUAGAUGUGGUAAGCUUCAAACUGGAUGUAUCUGCAUCAGAAAAUUACCAUUUGUAGACAUUCUUUCAAUUGAUGCAACAGUCAUGGUCAGAUGUCGACUUAACAUAGAUGUAAGUUGCAAAGUUUGAAGUUUCUGCAUCAGAAAAUAGCCGACUGACAUUGCUGGCAAUGGAUGAAACAGUCAGACUGAGCAGGACCAGCUACAUGAUAUCCCAGACCAACAUGCCUAGUUGUUCUAUACACUAUUGCUGCAUGGUGUUCCAUUGAGGAAAUUCAUGCUGAUGAGGUGCGGUCGAAGGUUGUCAUUCGCUCUCUAGGGCAGUGCCAGGACAGUUUUUCUCAGUCAGUGGCUGGGGCAUCUAGGGGUAUCAUUUCGGCUUGGCACACCACUAUGGUACAAGUCUAGGUGAUAUCGUCUCAUGCUUAAUAAGCUAGAUAUCUCCUUCAGAUUUUAUGAUAUGUGGCAUACUGGUGCAUGGUAAAGGGAAGGUGAUGAGUUGGGUAAACAAUCUUGUUUAACCCUUAAAGCCAUUAUUGCAUAUGCCUUCUGGAUGAUCUGGAAGGCUCGGAAUGAUGUCAUUUUCAAUGGUAAAACAACAACCUCUUAAAGUAUUUUCUGUAAGGUGGUGGCUUGUAUUGCUGUCGAUCCUGUCCAAAGUCCUCCUGAGGGUCCCCCUGCCCCUUCUUCCCACAUUCUUGUGGUCUGGAGGUUGCCGGAGCCUGGAGGUCGCAGCUUUUUGAUGGACAAGGGCAUUCUAUAUAUGGAGAUGUUCGUGGUGCUUCAAGGACUUUGAUUGACUGCUGCUGAUGGUAUGCAAUGGAUUAUCAUUGAAUCUGACUCCAUGGAGGUCAUCAAAAUCCUGAACAAGGAAUCUGAUCCUCCUUGGAACUUAAUCAAUUUAGUGUGAAAUAUACCGAUCGAUGAUCAAGCUAUACCAGAGAGGAGGAGCGAUGGUAGCAGAGUAAAAACAGUGCUGUAGUGGUAGGAGGAGAAGCAGGACAACGGAAGGAAGAAGAGAAAGAAAUAGCAAAGUCUCAAUUUAAAUUUACGCAUAAAUUAAAUCUGUUUAAGUAGAUCGAUGUCAACAGUAUUGAGCUUAAUUGAUUAUGAUGUAUUAUUGGAUACUCCAAGGGGAUGAUGAGAGUACUUCCUAUUAACUUGAGCAUUGCUGAUGGAUCUUUUACUCCAAGGGUACCGGCUACUGCUUCUUUGAUCAGCAGAAAUGUUAAUCUAGCUUCUGGUCCUCUGCAGGCAGAAUGCCGAGCGAUAAGGGAUGAUUUACCAAAAGCCUCUCAGUUGAAGUUACAUGAUAUCAUUGUUAACUCGGACUCACCGAAAGCCAUACUUAUUUGUAAUAGAAUUAGAUUCAUAUCUUGGCAUUUGUGAAAUAUCUGUAAUGAUGUUCCCAAACAUGCUGAGGAAGUUAGUGUUUUGAGUUUUGAGCAUGCAAACAGAUUGUCAAUCCGACUAGGAUUUUUUUGUUCUCCAGUAUCGGAUGCGAUUCCUGUACUUUUGGGGACAUUUGAAGUCCUAUCAACUGAGUUGAAGGUUUUUGUUUCAAAAAGAAAGAAAGGAAAAAAAAAAAGAAACUUGAGCAAGUGCUAUUUGGAAAGAGUUAAGAUCAUUUCAAUUCUUCCAGGCUUGCUUAGACUUGAGAACAAUCACCCUGAUCUAACAUCUGCAGCAGCCAUGCAGCAAAUGGAGACUUCUGCUUUGGACAGGCCGCAAGAUUUGACCAUGAUGUUGCAAGGACUGGUUUGUUUCAUGCUGCAAAUAAG